AUGGCAAGAAAGAGGAAAGCUGAUUAUAUUCCUGAAGAUAAAGAAAGGAAGGAAAUCACUCCACAUGAUGCAAACAUGGAUAAUAAUAACUGGGAUAUGACUGCUGCUCUUGACGAAGGAUUAACACGAAGAACACGAAAACGGUUUGUCGGAGUCCGGCAAAGACAGUCGGGUAGAUGGGUUGCAGAGAUCAAAGAUACUAUACAGAAAAUAAGAGUUUGGUUAGGUACUUUUGAUACAGCUGAAGAAGCAGCAAGAGCUUAUGAUGAAGCUGCUUGUUUGCUUAGAGGUUCUAAUACUAGAACAAACUUUUGGCCGCCGCCGCCGCAGAGCUCAUCGCCGUCUUCAACUCCUGCCUUGCCAACAAAAAUAUCAAAUCUUCUCAUGAUGAGACUCAAAGCUAGAAAUGAUUCUAUGCUGGUUUCUCCUAAGAAACAUUCUUUGCAGCCUCUAAGCCAGCAACGGAACCAGCAACAACAACAACAAGGCAAACAGCGAAAUGACUACGGAGUAGUCGAAAAACAGAAUCAGGCAGAACUUGUUUCUGAUAUCCUUAUUGAACCUUCUACUGGCAGCUACAAUAAUAAUACUACUGCCUGUGCUGCAAAUUCAGUGUCUAACUUCAAAAAAUAUGAAGAGCAUAACUUGGAUUACUAUAAGUGGAUCAGUUCUGACGAUGACAUGAAUAUUAAUGUUGAUGAGUUCUUAGAUGGCGAAGAAGGCAAUUGCGGAGAGUCGGGAUCCGAAGAGGGAAGAGCAGGAGCACAAGAAAGCACGGACGAGUUAAGACCAUUAUUAUCACCGCGGUUGUCUUCAUCAUCGUCACCGACCUCUUCAUUGGUACUAGACGAUUUCAAAUUCAUGGAUGAUGUUGGAUCGUCAUCUUCACAGUCUUCUGACUAUUAUUUUCCUUUAUUCGAGGUUGCAGAGGAACUUGUUGAGCCAACUGAUGAUCAACCGAAUAACUAUGGGGAUGAACCAGCGAUGAUGCUUAGAGCACAAAUGAAAAGGAUGAAAUAUGAAAGGAAAUGUUCGGCUUCUCUUUAUGCCUUUAAUGGGAUUUUCGAAUGUUUAAAACUUGGAUCAAUUACCAAUAAUACUGCUAGCGUAUUAAAAGAGUCGAGAAGUGCCGUACGGCCUGAUUAUGAGGAGAACGGUGCACAAACGUCAACAGACUUACUAGUACCAUCAUCAGCUUGGAACGGCGACAAUGACGAAGAAUUAUUAGCUCUAUGGGGUUCUCUUGAUCUUCCGCCAAUAUGUUUUGUCACUUAA